AUAUGACUACGUGAAUAUUUCUUCGGCUGGAGAUAACAUUGCGAACAAAACUUCAAGUUGGUUUUUAGUUGAAUUUGAUAAUAUUACGUGUUGGUUUACUUGAGACGACAGAUUAAGUGCGUUUUGUGUUAUAAUCUUUCAAUUAAAUCAAAGAUUUGAGGAUCAGAAAACUUAACGGUCAACACAAUGGCGACUCUUUCACAGUCCACCAUAGAAAAAGGAUCUGACAUGGUCCAAGACUUUUUGUGUUCGACUUGCGAAGACAAAAAGCUGGAGAAAUGGGCUGAUUAUUAUUGCGAAUCUUGCGUGAAGUUUUACUGCCAAGAAUGUAUUUACAUGCACGACAAGUUGUUUACGAAACAUUCUCCCAAGGGAAGAAGAUAUAUAAGGAAAUGGCCACUUUCCAACAAGGUGGAGGAUUUUAUUCUUAAAUGUGAUGUUCAUAAAGAAGAAAACCUGUCAAUGUUUUGCGAAGACCAUCGCCAGCUAUGCUGCAGAAAUUGUGCCAUUCUACAUCACCGAUUAUGCAAAAAGGUCAUCAGACAAGGUAAAAAAUACCUUCAUGGACCUCGAACAAGUAUCAAAUACUAUCCAAAUCACUCUGGCAGAACUAAAUGAGCUUCGAGAAAAUCAGGAGGCUAGCAUUCAGUUUGUGCAAUGUUCAUUCGAGGAGCAGUUACACAAGAUACAGGAAUCUCGCGAAAAAAUAAUUGCAGCCUUAAACAUUCUUGAAAUAAAGACACUUACGGAAAUGAAAGAUACGCUGACGAAACUGCAAGCGUCUCUAAAAAGCGAUGUCGACAAAUGUGCCACUUUUGAAGAUGAAUUAAAACAAUUUCGAGACGCCAUAGAGGAAAUUCGCGAUAAAGACAAACAUGAACUAUCUCAUAUAGCGAACAUUAAAUGCAAGAACAAAAUACAACUGAUUGAACAAUACCGGAGGGAAAACUUUGUUCAAGUAAAAUCCUCUAUAACGUUUCUGCCUAAUAGUGAGAUUGAGAAGUUCCUUUCCAAUUUGUCUGGUCUUGGGAAGAUUGAACACAUAGCCCAGCCAUUGGCAGUUCGAGGAAAUCCUGAUCAAAUAAUACGGAUGGAGGGGCAUUCCGAGUAUGUUAUAAGCAUGGAAGGUGAUUCAGAUAAAGAGUGGUUUUGCAGUAUCAGAGACAUAUGUGUUCUCCCUAGUGGACAGGUCCUCCUUGCAGAUGAAGACUAUAACAAUGUCAAGCUGCUGAAUGAGCAUUACCAGAUGGUGACUCGCUAUAGACUAUCUGGUCCGCCAUGGGGCUUGUGUCAGAUCACAUCCAGUAAGGUUGGUGUUUCUGUUGGCUCAGAGGUUCAGUUUAUUAAAGUCAAAAACAACCGGCUGGAGGCAGGAAGAAAGAUUCGGUUAAAACAUCAAUGUAGAGGUAUUGCCCACCACCAAGGAGACCUGUUUGUUACCUCUGGCUCUGCGCUGUACAAGUACUCAUUGAGUGUUGGUUGCUGUGCAGUGAGCCCGACUGGUGACAAGUUGUACAUCAUCAGCUAUUCCGAUCACAGUCUUCUCACCCUAGCCAUGGAUGGAUCAGUCCUUGCCUCAUUCAUGGACCCUGAGCUUCAAUAUCCGGGGGCUUUAGAUGUUACACCUGCAGGCCAGGUUCUGGUAUGUGGGUCCGAAUCUAUCCUGCAGGUGGACAGUAAGGGAAGUAGGAAGCUGGAAACUCUGACUAAACCCCCAUACUCAGUCCGCUGCAACCCCAACGUUACACCAUGCCCAUACUCAGUCUGCUACAACAGCAACACUGGCUCAAUUAUUGCGGGGAUGUAUCGUAUCGACAAGAUCCUUGUGUACAAAAGCCGCACAUUGCCCUAGUGGUCGGAAACACGGACAAAGUGGGACGCGUCGAAAUCUACCACAGAGACGAAUAGGGGACCAUUCCACGGAAUAUUGACCAUAUCGAAGCAUCGUACAUCUUCCGGAAAAUGGGAUAUUUCGGCGGGGUUACAGUCGGAAGUGAUUCCUUCGGUUGCGGCUCAGGUGCAUUCUGGGACCUGAACGUGACCUGUUUGCGCACACGCUGGUGUGAUUCGGUCAGUCACGCGACAGAUCCCCCCGCGUACAGUCACGAAAUGGACGCCGGAGUUAUGUGUGAUCACAUGAUUCGGCUUACGAAGAGCAAUGAAGAGGACGAAACGGAACUGUCCCGGAAGUCUGGUAGUUUGAAAAUCUAUCUUAAAAACAACUGGCUACAAAUCUGCUUCAAAAACUGGGGUCGCGUAGAAACGGAAGUCGUUUGCAAGCAGCUCGGUUUUCGAGAGGGCGCUGCGAGUUUGAAAGGACGAAACGCUGAUGGACUCUUAUUGGUUGACCAACGUCACGUGCACCAGAAGUGAAAACAGACUCGACGCAUGCGCAUUUGAUGGAUUUAAAUUAAAUGGCUGCCCAUCUUCCGAAUAUGUGUCAGUGCUCUGUUUUUAAGUCUUCAUUGUUGUGCGUGUAUUUUACAGUAUUAAGAAACACUAUACAGCAUUAUAUGUUUUAAAUACGUAAAUUCAAUACUGCAAAAAGCGUCCGAUUAAAACAAUGUGCGUGGUAUCCUUUUUGGACACAAAGAAAUCAUUAUACUUUACAAUGUAUACAUAUUUAUGUUAAUCAUGUUAUGUCCUUUAAUUGUUUCAAACGCAUUUAAAGGGGCCUUUUCACAGAUUUUGGCAUGUUUUAACUAAUUCAUUAAAUGCUUUAUAUUGAUAAAUGUAAACAUUGGAUCGUAAAAGCUCCAGUAAAAAAUCAAGAAUAAAAUUAAAAAAAGGAAAAGAACAUUGCCCGGAGCAGGUUUCGAACCUGUGACCCCUGGAGUCCUGCCAGAGUCCUGAAGUAAAAACGCUUUAGCCUACUGAGCUAUUCCGCCGAGUACACAUACUUGACGUAUUUUAUACCUUAUAUAGGCAAUCUUCGU